AUGGAUACAGACGCGUUUUCAACUGCAUCACAUACGCUUAAGGGACGUCAAACUAGUCUGCAGAUGCCCAUGGACAACGUAAAUGCUUCCGCUGAUGUUAGUGGCAAAAAGAAGAAUCGGUUCAGAAAAAAGAACAAGGACAAGAGUUCCAGAUCCAGAUGUAACAAUGGUGACAAUAAUGGUGGUAAUUAUAGUGAUGUAGAGAGUGUUGACCCCGAAGUGAAAGAAUUGAUUCGUGGUCGGGAGAAGUUGACUUUCGGUGCUGAAAUAUGUUUGCUGGGAAAGCCUCAUUUAGGUGGUAACAGUGCAAGUGCUGCUGCUGCUGCUGCGGCGGCGGCUGCUACAGAUAACGUUGGAGGCGUUGGUGGUAGCAAUGAAUUGAAUUCGUUAUCUUAUAAUGAUCUGACAUCCAGUAUAAACUAUACUCCUGCUAAAUUAGUUGACGCUAAAGGAAAUGUGUUUCAAUUGCAUCCUAGUGGUUAUGUUACCCCUUAUAAACAAGCCAUGGGGCAUAUUGGGGGGUAUAGUAAUAUCCACUAUGUUCAACCAGUACAACAACGGCCAAUACAGAUGCAAAUGCAAAUGCAGAUGCAGAUGCCGCAACAGCGACCGCUGCAGUUUUACCCUAUAGCACCUGAAGGCUAUAAUUCUACCACGCAUACUUCCUCGUCAAUGUCUUCCAUGCGCAAACGCAACAAAGCUUUUCAAAACUUGAAUACCUCACUGUUUGCCAAAAAUAGGUUGAAGUUGGUGCAGCAAAAUGUCUUGUGCAAGCCAUGCUUUUUUGGUGAUAUUGAUUUGUCGACUUCGAAUCGGUUUGGUGACUUGGACUCUACUACAAGGAUUAUGAGUUCGAGUGCCAACACUUCGUUGAGAUCGUCUUAUAGAAAUUCUUUGCGUUCAUCUUUUGCUUCGACUACUAGAAAUGAUAAUAGGUCAACUAAACUGCCCCCAACAUCAAACGAUGAGAUCAAGGUUGACGAGGUUGAUGAGGUUGAGAAACCCGUUGUUAGUGAUGAGAUUAGUUGGAAAGAAGGGACAGUUGCAGCGUCUGAGCCGAUGAUGGAACAUGAUAUUGUCAAUGUGAGACAAGACGAAGACUUUCCUGGAGGAGUAGAUUGUAAAGGAGUUGUUGGACAGAAUGAAGUGGAAAAAGAAAAGGAUGUUACAAAUACAAUUGAAGACGAAACGAUGUUGGAAAGCGGAGACGGCAAUAACGAUGGCGAUGGGAAUAGCAUUGGCAAUGUCGAUAGAAUUGACAAUGACGAGGGGAAUAGCAAUGGCCAUGACAAUGGAAAUGGAAAUGGUAUUGAUUAUUGUAAGCACCGUGAUGGGGGGUUGACAGAUGAGGAAACAGAUUUGAAAAAAGAGCUGGAUGGUGACACGCCAAUUUCAACUGAUUUUGAAAUUAGUACCGAUGAUAACUCGUUGAAUAGUGGUGCAGUUGAAAAGCACGGCGACCAGAACGGCACAGAUCCUGCUAUGAAAAUCAAUGAUGAUACUGAGGGUACAGGUGAAAAUUCUAAAGAUGGUUCAUGUUACCAAGUGGAAGAAAAAGACAGGUGUAGAGAAGAAAAUAGCGACAUUGUGAAAAAUCCAGAGGAUAUCUCGGAGGAUACAGUUAUGAAUUAG